UGCGUGCGUGGGAAACCAGGUGUAACCUGAGGAGGCGGGCGCGGCCGGCUGAAAGGAGUUCAGUUUUCCUGCGGAACUUGCUGAGCAGCUUGAGAGAGAAGGAGGAAGAAAGGGUGAAGUGAAGACACAGAGAACGGACUGUCGCCCGCACCUACUUGCCGUCUACCUGCUUUCUGACCCCGCGAACGAUGGGAUUUCCGCCUAUGGCUGUUUUCCUUCUGGGAGCGCUUUUGGCGCUCGCCGCUACGGCGUGGAGCCAAGAAGGAUGCUCAUGUGACAUGAACAAACGGACAAAUUGUUCUAUAGUUGCUGAUGGUGCAUGCCAGUGUAAAUCAAUUGGACUUGAUAUCACAGUGAACUGUCAGACACUGACUUCAAAAUGCCUAUUGAUGAAAGCAGAAGUGACUGGCUUAAAAUCAGGUAGAAGUCAAAGACCAGAACAUGCACAUGCAGACAAUGAUGGCAUAUAUGAUCCAGAAUGUGAUGCAAAGGGCAAUUUCAAAGCGAAACAGUGCAAUGGAACAAAGACUUGCUGGUGUGUGAACAGUGCUGGAGUACGAAGAACUGAAAAGAGUGAUAAAAAUAUUACAUGCGAAGAAGUAGUAAGGACAAGCUGGAUUAUUAUUGAAGCAAAGUAUGACACUAAUAAAGAUGAAGCUUCUCUUGAAAGUACUAUUGGAAAAAACUUCAAGGAACUUUACUUUUUGGAUGAAAAACACAUAAAGGUUAAAUAUGAGAAACCUUUCAUUAGUGUCCAUCUCAAACAAAAUGCUUCAGAAAAAAGAAAUACUGAUGUGGAUAUAGCUGAUGUAGCAUAUUAUUUUGAGAAAGAUGUCAAAGGAGAUUCGGUUGUCAAUUCAAAUAUUGAAAGAAAUCCCCUUCGAUUUGAGAACACAAUUAUAUAUUAUGUUGAUGAAAAAAGACCAGAGUUUACAAUGAAACGUUUGACUCCUGGAAUUAUUGCUGUAAUUGUGGUUGUAGUCCUGGCAAUAGUGGCUGGUAUUCUUGUACUGAUAUUUACCCGAAGAAAGAGGGGCAAGUAUGAAAAAGCUGAGGUAAAGGAAAUGAAUGAAAUACAGAGAGGACUAAACUCGUAACAUCUGUAACAUGAAAUAAAAGGAUGACUGUGGUAAAUGAAUAAAAUUCGACGGAAGAGAAUAUCAUGGACUGCUACUUUUUAACAAAAAUAUCUGAAUCCUUAAGCAAUCUUUCUACUAAGCUGGCAUAUUACUGCAUUUGGAAGCUAUAAAGUUUCUAUUAAAAAUCAUAAUUAGUCUUAACAGAUAAGUGGCAUUCCAUUAUCACUAUUUUUGAUGUAACUUAGUAAUGUCAUUUUGGAUGUCUUAAAAGUUUGUUGAAGUAUCUGAUAAUUUUUGUGUCUAGGGUGCCAGGUAACACUUUCGAAUACAAGAGUGUAUGUUUGUAUAUAUUCCUGUUUAAUCAUUUUUUUACACACAGUGAAUUUUAAUAAAGUUUGAAAUGUA